AUGCAACCUCCAGGGGAACCAGGAACACCAGGACUGGACGGAGCUUAUGGUCCCAGGGGCCCCGAGGGGCUGCCCGGUUUGAACGGCAUCGACUUCCCCGGUCCCCAAGGGCCCCCCGGAUCAAGGGGCACCACGGGGCCAGAUGGGCCACCCGGCCUGGACGGACGCAAGGGGGAGACGGGCGAAAGAGGCUCCCCAGGGUUACCAGGCGGGAGAGGCGACCCCGGGGACAGGGGCUUCCCCGGCGCCUCCUUCCCGUGGCAGGUGAUUGAGGGACAGCAGGGCGCCAGGGGGCCGAAGGGACCCAGGGGCGAGAUUGGAUCGGAGGGAAGGCGUGAACCGGUGACCCCGGCUUGCAAGGACCCCAGGGGAACUACGGGCGAAAAGGGCACCCCUGGCGCCCCUGGAGAUCGAGGGCGCCCCGGCGGCAUCUACAACGUGAUUUUUUCUCGAGGGGACCGCGGCGAGCCUGGCCCACGGGGGACGAGGGGAGAGCCCGGGUUUGCGGGGAGACCAGCCGGACGCGGCCCCAAGGGUCCUCGCGGUUCCCCUGGAGAAACUGGCUACCGUGGCCCUUGGGGCUUGCCUGGCCCUGGGGGAGACGACGGGCCACCUGGACCACGCGGGCCGCCAGGGGUAUCACCGGCUAAUGAUGGUGAUCAAGGGAUUCAGGGACCUGAAGGGCCGCCGGGUCAGCCAGGGCGAACAGGUCCACAAGGCCCUAGGGGAGACAUGGGACCUCCUGGCGCAGAUGGCCCACAGGGUCCGCCUGGGAUUUGGGUCGACCUGCCAGGGAGGAAAGGCGAAAGUGGAAGUCCAGGUUAUCCCGGAAGCAUCGGCCCAUCUGGACUCCCUGGCCUGAGUGGUGUUCCUGGACCUCAAGGCAUUAAGGGGUACCCCGGGCCUAUAGGAGACGUGGGUAGGCGUGGUUACCCUGGAGCCAAGGGACCCCCGGGUGAGCAAGGGGUGCGAGGAUACACUUUCAACUACAGCGUGAGGGGAACCAGGGGUGACCAAGGAGACCCGGGCUUUCAAGGACGACCUGGCCCUCAAGGAGAACGAGGAGUGGGCGGUGACCCUGGGGUUGAGGGGUAUCCUGGACCCCCUGGGAAGGGCGAACGCGGUGAACCCGGGCGAGAGGGAGUAGGGGGCGGGCCAGGUCAACCGGGGUCAUUUGGCGAUGUAGGACUGACAGGUCUGCGCGGCCCGGCUGGCAGGCAGGGAACCCCAGGGGGUUUCGGCAAGCGCGGAGGCCCAGGGCGAGGAGGAGAUAGAGGUUUCCCUGGUCUGGAGGGCUUCCGCGGCGCCAAGGGAACGAGGGGCGACCCUGGGGGCCAAGGACCUGCUGGGUCGCCGGGAUUACCAGGUUACCCCGGCACCCCAGGCGAACCCGGGGCCUCAAGACGUCGCAACGUUACGAGUUUCCUGGUAACGCGUCACAGCCAAGAGUCCUAUGCCCCAGCGUGUCCCUUGGGAGCGGCGAGGCUGUGGGAAGGAUAUUCACUCCUGUAUGUGCUGGGGAAUCACAGGGCACACGGGCAGGACUUAGGCGCACCAGGCAGUUGCAUCAGGAAGUUCAGCACGAUGCCCUAUCUCUUCUGCAACAUGAACAGUACCUGUCAAUAUGCACAAAGAGGGGAUUAUUCAUACUGGCUUUCAACCCAAGAACCUCUACCCUUUACGAUGUCACCUGUGAGAGGGUUUGAGAUCGAGAAGUACAUCUCCAGGUGUGUGGUGUGCGACUACCCAAGCCUCGUCAUAGCUGUGCAUAGCCAAUCACUAGAGGUUCCGUCCUGCCCUGAGAAUUGGGUAUCUCUGUGGACUGGGUAUUCUUUCCUGAUGCACCUGGACGCCGCCGCCGAGGGGUCAGGCCAGUCCCUGAUCUCCCCGGGGUCUUGCCUCGAGAGCUUCCGCGCGACGCCCUUCAUCGAGUGCAGCGGCCGGGGCAGCUGCAACGCCUUCAGCACGGCGCUCUCGUACUGGCUCGUCACCAUCGGCUUCGAGGAUCAGUUCCAGAAGCCUCGGGAAGACACGCUCAAGGGCGAUAGUCUGAGGAGCCGCGUGAGUCGAUGCACCGUGUGCAUGUCGAGGAACAGCUUUAAAACCCGCUCGCUUCCAAGACCGGCGCCCAGCGAGGAGCAGAUAAGGUAUCAGCUGGAGGCCACGGAGCAGUACCAGGGAGAGCGCUACCAAGUGCAGCCGACCCGACCUCCGGCUCAGCCCUCUUGGCGCCCCGCCCCAAACAGCAGCCCCUACGCAACAACACGGCCGCCGCCCCCGACGCCUCGCUACAACACCUACCCCACACACUACCAAGUGCCUCUCGAUCCAUACUAUCGCCACACGCCUUCGGUCGCCCCCGCCCUUCACAGAGGUUACUACUCGUCGUAUCCUCAUGCUUAUCGCUAUCAUCAAUACACUCGCCCGACCCCAAGCUCAAUACGCCGAUCGCAGCACUACGCUCGGUAGGGCUGACGCGGAGACCAAGUCGCGAGGAUCAAGACGAGAAAAAAACAGCAACACACUACGGUGUUCUGUGUCUGAGGUGUUAUUUUGUACAUCCAUCUUUCGCCUUUGUCUGAUUCGGUGAUGUUUGUAAUAUGGAUUUCCGAUGUCAUUUUUUGAUAAAGUGCUUGUUCGUUAUCUUUUUCUUUCCUUUUACGGGGGUGACGCAAUUUUUCGCCCGAGAGAAAAAAAAAUUAUAUGAAAAAGUUCAUUUCCUUAC